AUGUCUGUUGAACUUUUUAAUACCAUUUCUAACUCUUCUGUGGGUCAUUACGUCCUCUUUGCGGCGUUACUCUUAGGGGUAUUCAAAUUGACAACUCUUGUAUUGAAUUUUAGCGCCGUUAUAUUCGAUAGCUUUAUUCUCCCUCCAGUUAACUUUAAGAAAUACGGAGGCGGAGCAAGAGGCAACAACGGCAAAUGGGCUGUUAUCACCGGAGCUUCCGAUGGGAUUGGUAAAGAAUAUGCCUUCCAAUUGGCAGCUAAGGGUUUAAAUAUCGUAUUGGUAUCCCGUACUGAAUCUAAAUUGGAAGUAGUAGCCAAUGAAAUUAAAGCCAAAUAUCCCACAACCCAAACUAAAGUAGUUGCCUUUGACGCAUCCACCGAUACGCCAGCCAAUUAUCUGACUUUAAGACAUGCCAUUGAAGAAUUAGCGGUGACAGUAUUGAUCAAUAACGUUGGCCAAUCCCAUUCGAUCCCUGUCCCCUUUUUAGAAACUGAAGACAAGGAAUUAAGAGAUAUCAUCACUAUCAAUAACACGGCCACGUUAAAGAUUACCCAAACGGUAGCUCCAAUCAUUGAAGCCACUGUUAACAAAAGCAACAAAAAGAUUAAAGGAUUGAUUCUUACCAUGGGAUCGUUUGGUGGAUUGUUACCCACUCCUUAUUUAGCUACUUAUUCCGGUUCUAAGGCCUUUUUGCAAGCCUGGUCUGCAGCUCUUGCUGGAGAAUUGAAACCUAAGGGGAUCGAUGUUGAACUUAUCAUCAGCUACUUGGUCACUUCGAACAUGUCUAAGAUUAAACGUACAUCUGCUACUAUCCCCAAUCCUAAACAAUUUGUUGGUUCUGUCUUACGUUCAGUUGGUAGACGUGGCGGUGCUCAAGAAAGAUACGCUACGUCGACCCCUUACUGGUCGCAUGCUUUAAUGCAUUUCGCUAUUGAAUCUACAGUUGGAGUUUAUUCGAAAGUUGCCAAUAAGUUGAACUUACAGAUGCAUCAACAAAUCCGUACUCGUGCUUUGAAGAAGGCUGCUCGUUUAUCUCAGCAGAAGAAAACGGAAUAG